GAUUCAAAGCCCUCAAUUUAUUACGGCCCACUAUUCUUUUAGUAAAAACAAGACCUGUCUCCUCAUGAAACAAGUGAAUUUUUCACCGAGAAAGGCUAUGGUCUCUUUUAUUUCCAAUCAAACUCUUGAUGUUGUUGCCAAUCUUGAUAUACCAUCCUUUACUGAUGAUCCAAUAAGUAUAAAUAUCCUAGGUCAUUGCAAUGGCAUAAUUUGUCUUUGUGACUGUUUUAGUGGUAUUCUUUUGUGGAACAUUGCGACUAAGGAAUUUAAAAUUCUCCCUAUGUGUCCUUUUGAGGGUCCACCAAGCUCUGAAAAUACCAUUGAUGUAGCUGGUCUGGGUUAUGAUUCCAAGAGAGAUGAGUAUAAAGUAAUUAGGAUUGACACAUUUUGGGAGGGUGAUUUCGACAAAGUCCCCCGAGGUAACCGAGUUGCUUUGUACAACUUAACUACUGAUUCUUGGAGAAAGUUGAAUGACAACUUAACUGCUGAAUUCUUCCAUAGUUAUAGGAACUAUCAAGUCUACUCCAACGGAUUUUAUCACUGUUUGGCAGAUGUUGAUAGUGAAGAAUUGCUCCUCUCAUUUGACAUGAGUAAUGAAGUUUUCGUUACAACACCAUUCCCUGAUGGGAGAUUGGAUGGCUGCUAUGAUGUAUGGGUGUUGGGUGAACUUGGUCUAAAGAACUCUUGGACAAAAUUAUUCACCAUUGAAUCUCUUCCUCCUGCCACUACACCAUUAGGAGUGGGCAGCGAUGGUGAAAUCUUCCUUGUUAACGAAGAAAGCAAAUUUCUGGCGUGGCAUCAUCGAGAAAACAAAGAGAUAAAGACACUCCAAUUUGAAGGAACUGCAUUAGAGCUAGCAAUGUAUGCAGAGAGCCUAGUUUCUUUCAGGGGAGGAACUGCAUUCAACCAUUAAUUUUCAUUUGCUGAUACUUACAAUUUAGUUAUGCUUUUACUCAAUGUUCAACCUUUUACUAUCAAGAUAAACUGUAUUGGUACCUUUGCAUUGAGAAACAUCUGUUAGAUUUUCUUCUCUCAUUUUCUUUUAUCUUACAUGGCAUUCAAUUUUCAGUCUUUGGUUUUCUAAUGAAUAUAUAGACGUAGGCCAUUGGAGUUUCUUGCUAUUGCCUAAAGAUGGUAACGUCAGUGGUUUUUAGAUCGAUUUCAUGGCUAUUACAAGGGUGAAUGCUACCUGGAGUCGAUAGAAAAGUGCCAAUUUGAUUGACGGAACCUCACUUGUGCAUCUUUGACAAUAUAAACAGUACAACAGGUUUUGCUGUUUUCGAAUAAACUUGGGGAAUUAAGUACAAAUUUCUUGGUUGUGUUUAAUUUGUCCUAGUUAACGCAUCUAUUUUCUUUCGUUUUAUGUUUAAAGUUGAUGGUUUUGAUUAAAAAAUUCGUGGUGGAGCUUAAUUAAUCUAACUUUGGCCUUUUCUGGUUU